UCGGCUAUUCACCAUUACGCAACCUCCGAAACAAAUUCUUUGAAUGAAUGUUUAAUUGCAGACAUAUUUUAUAAGCAAAAAUGACCUUGUUUUCCAAAACUGUAAGCUUCAAUGAUAUGGUUCCUAUUUUACCGGCAUUGGAUCUACCUGUUACACUCAAAAUGUUAUUCUCCCACAAGAACUUUGUGCACGCUCUUGCCGGCGCAGUGGGAAGUGUGACAGCUAUGACAGUGUUCUUUCCAUUAGAUACUGCAAGAACCAGACUUCAAGUUGAUGAUAAAAGAAAAGCUAAAAACACAGGACAUAUUUUGAUGGACAUAAUUCAAGAGGAAGGAGUGUACUCUUUGUACCGUGGUCUCCUUCCAGUCCUGUCAAGCCUUUAUUGCUCCAAUUUUCUCUAUUUUUAUACCUUCAACGGUCUUAAGGCAGUAUUUGUAGGGAGAGGAGAAGUUUCUACAUCACUGCAAGAUCUGUUAUUUGGAUAUUUAGCAGGAAUUGUAAAUGUUCUUAUGACAACGCCCCUAUGGGUUGUAAAUACCCGCUUAAAAUUACAAGGAGCAAAAUUUAGGACUCAGGAAAUUGAAUGUUCAAAAACAGCAAAAUACAAAGGAAUUAUUGAUGGAUUGAAAAGGAUUUGCAAAGAAGAAGGAGUGAUGUCCCUUUGGAGCGGUACAGGGCCAUCCCUUGUUUUAGCUGGUAAUCCAGCUAUUCAAUUUAUGGUGUAUGAGGGUAUAAAGAAGUUUUUGAUGACUGAAGAUAACAAGACUCUUAAAAAGAGACAAUAUUUUGCUGUAGGCGCAAUUGCUAAAGCUGUGGCUACUAUUCUUACCUAUCCACUUCAAGUGGCUCAGUGCAAGCAGCGAUCUGGAAUCAAGACGCCAAGUGGAAAGGCAGACAUCCUGUCUCUUUUGGCGAGACUUGUGAGGGAACAAGGCUUUAAAGGACUUUAUAAAGGACUAGAGGCUAAGUUGCUUCAAACUGUUGCAACUGCAGCUUUGAUGUUUGUUGCUUAUGAAAAAAUAGCUGCGUUUAUUUUUAGUUUACUUCGGAGGACCUCAAGAUGAACAAUGAGAACAUGAAUUUGAAACAAUGGUCACUGGCUCCAUAGUGAGUUGAGUGAGGCCUUCUCCACACGAUACUUUUUAAAAUCGGUUCCUUUUUUCUCGUUUGGAGUCUUCCGUUCACAUUCACAUGGCGUUUUCGGGCAUCUUAAACGAAGGAUUUUAAAUCCGGUUCCCGAAGAGGAACUUUUUGGACGAACAAAAGCGGAGGAUUUCGGAUACGAUGGUGUCAUCAUUGAUCUAGUCUACUUUAACCUGGUUCACGUUUCCUAAGUGAAAAUCAAUAUGGCGGGUAGUGAACGUAUGUCAUUAUUACUAUAGCUAAAUUCAAGUUCAGUAGCUUGAUCUCCAAUUCGUCAUCUGUCCAAAUGUUUUGUUUUGAAAACGGAGGAAAAAUUCCGUUUUCCAAUAUAUCCAGAUACGUCUUUAAGGGGCCUGAAUGUCGUCAAGCUGAGACUGAUCUGCGCCAAAUAUUAUCCACAGACUGUACGGUGGCUAUGGGCAGGGUACUGAUGUUUUCAUCCGGCUUAUAAAGUUUGCCUCAAAGAGAGGGCUUACACUUAAUAAGAUUCUUUUGCCAGCAUCGUUUUUCAUUUUUUUCAAGCUGGGAUUCAGUUUUUUAGCCCGGCUUGGUUUAAGUCCUUGUCUGUAGAUUAAACGUCGUAAAUUCCUA